AUGUCGAAGAGCGGACCAGAGUUCUGUCUUGCAGUUGUUGUGGGGGGAACCGGGGAUCCUCAUCUCGUUCUUACUGUCCCCCAAAGUGGCCAGCAGCUCACUUGGGACUUCCACGGCAAGGGCAAUCAGAGCUACUGCAUGAUCACAGACAAUUCCCUCAGCUUGAAUGCACGCAUGUUCAAUUUGCCUCCAGAUGUCAACAUCCUCCAUCGAGCUGUGGAAGCUGAGGACUCCUUCUUUGAGGGCACUUGGAUAGAUGCAAUUGGAGUCAUCUAUUCCAAGCCAGAAGACGACAAUCAUGAACGAGCUUUGGCGAUCGUCCUAAACCAAACAAGCGCGCGAACUGAUCUCGAAGAACCUUUUGCAAUUCUGUAUUCUGGGGACGACACUCAAAUCUCGGUACCCGAAGGAGUGUCUACCUGGACUAGUCCCGACGAGACGUUCUCCAUAAAGUACCACUCCGAGUUCAGGACCUUCGUGGAGAUCACCAUCCCUGAUCAUUUGAAAAUGGAGGUUAGGGUGGAGGCUGAUUCCGAGAUCAUUUCCGACCCCCCAAUCUAUAGCCUAAGCUUCGACAUACAGAUGAUUGCCACUACGCCCGAAGUCCAUGGGUUCGUCGGCCAGAUGUACGCACCCGGCGCCAUCGAGGAGCGCUUGCAGAUGGGAACACUUGAAGGCUUGCUGCACCGAGAGUACGUCGAAGGCACAGACGAUGACUAUGCGACGUCUGGCUUGACCGCAACCGACUGCUCUUUCAGUCGCUUCAAGAAGGUACGACGAACCAAAUGUCUUUGGCGUGCUUAA